AACUACAACUUCAACUUCAAUUUGCACGCCACUAAUGUAGAUUCUGGAAGCAUUUGCCGGUUUCUUGUUCGUUUUAGGGGCUGCAGGAUUUCCCAAGGUUUUCAGGAACAUGGCAUCAUCCUCUUUGACUGCAGUCCAACAGUCAGCCCCGCCGUCGCUUGACCUUUCCUGUGACGACUUCUACUUCUCACUCGUCCCCAAUGAUGACGCUGAUCAGACUUCCCCGCCGGUUUCAGAUGCUAAAUACGCGGAGGAGUUGCAGUUCCAAGAAGCCCUGCUUUCCUCCAUAACAACCGCCGCCGCCCAACCCUCUGGUCCCCCCGAACCGCCGCUGUCAACCCUAGAAAUCAUGAAAAUGGUGACUGCCGCCGCAUUGGCUGAAGUGGAAGUCGAAGAAGUAGGAGAGAAAUGCGAAUCGUCUCAAAUGUUCUGCGAAAUUUGCACGGAGAGGAAAGAUUUGGACGAAAUGUUCAGACUUGAUGGGUGCGGCCAUAUGUUCUGCACGGUUUGUAUCAGCAGGCAUGUGGAAACGAGAGUUCAAGACAGCAUCCCUGUGGUGACAUGUCCGGGCCUGAAUUGCUCUGCCUCUCUCGAAUUCGAUUCCUGUAAGGCUUUUGUCCCUCUGGAUGUGCUAACCAGGUGGGAUUAUGUUUUGUGCCAGUCCAUCAUUCCGGCCUCGGAGAAAUUCUAUUGCCCCUACAAGAAUUGCUCUGCAAUGCUGGUGAAUGACAGCGGUGGGACGAUCAGGGAAUCGGAGUGCCCUUUCUGCAACAGGCUGUUCUGUGCUCAGUGCAACGUGCCGUGGCAUUCUGGGGUCGGGUGUGAGGAGUUUCAGAAGCUCGGUGAGGAUGAAAGAGGUAGAGAGGAUAUCAUGGUCAGGGAUAUGGCUAAGCAGAAGAGCUGGAGAAGAUGCCCUUCUUGCAAAUUCUAUGUUGAUAAGACUGAAGGGUGCUUGCAUAUUACUUGCAGGUGUAAGUUUGAAUUUUGCUAUGCCUGUGGAGCAACAUGGAGUUCAACUCAUGGGGGCUGCCAGUGAUUGCAUUCCAUUAUGCCAGUGAUUAGUUUGCCUUUUCAAUAUGCAUAGAGAUUUGAAAAUGAUACUGGUACUUUGGUAAGGGCAGAGUUGAUGGUUAAAAGAGUGAUAGAAGUUAUUUCCAAAUUACUUCCAAGUAUAACUUUAGAGUAAUUUUUAGAUAAUUUUACUGCACCAGUUUGUAAAUCCUCUCUACCCACAUCAUUAUAUGCUUUAUUUUAAUGAUGAACUUGUGUGGUCAGAUUAUUUGUCUUGUGAAAUUUGGCAUGGCAUUCUGUUGAAACAAGCUGUGUGGCAAAGGAGUCCAAG